AUGGUUCUCACACACUCCACCAAUCACACCUACUCUCAUCCUUUCCCGACCGUCACCCUCGCCUACUUCCUGCGAUACUCCUCCCCUCAGCUCAACCCGUUCGCCGCUCAUGUCCUCAGCACCGACACCAUCUCCAGCCAUGUCGACCCGGAAACGCAGCGCCUCUACACCACCCGCAUCCACCUGAAGAAGAGCCGCAUGCCCAGCGCAGUAUAUAAACUAUUGCCCGCCAGCGUCUCAGGCGGCGGAUCUGGUGAAAAGGCCUCGUAUAUUCUCGAGACCAGCGUUGUGGAUAUCAAGGAAGGAUGGAUGAAGACGGAGAGCCGCAACCUCAAUUUCACCGGCGUGCUGUCGGUGGUUGAGAAGCAACACUUCAAGGUGCCGAGCUCAUCCGAAGCGGUUGCGCGGAACGAGACGGAUGUCAAUUCCAGCGUCUCGUUCAAAUCGCGGCUCGGAGAGAAACUCAGAGGCAAGCUUGGCCAAGCCCAGGAGAGCAGCGGCACCGGCUGGCUACCUGGGUUGCUCGGUGGGCUUGGCGCAAAGGGCAUUCAGCGAAGCAUUGAGAGCCUCGCCUCCACCAAGACCAUCGACCAGCUCAGCAAGAGCCGCGACGGCAUGCGCCUUGUCCUCGAGCGCCUCCGUAAUGGAGGUGUCAUUGGAGUCAUGGAGAAGCUCCGCCAGGAGCGCCAGAGACAAGCCAUGACCAUGUAA